AAAUGUCAAGUUCAUCAUUGGACAGUCUCAUGUGAAAAAGGUUUGACUUCAAUAAUCAACAAAGAACAACAUCAAUAACUUGACAAAGACAAACAUGUUUACAGUUGCAAAAUCAUUGCCCAGAAGCUGCAGAAAUCUUCAGAAAACACAGAACUUGCUUGUUUUGUGUUCACCACAGUGCAACCACGUCCAACAGCGAAAUGUUUUUUGGAGAAAAAAAUUUGUUUGGAAUGAGGACAUGAAGUUCAAUCUUUAUAAAGACUAUGACUUCUCUUACGAAGGAAUAAAGGGCAUGUUAUUAAACAAAACAAGAAAAGCAUAUGAGAAGGAACAAGGAUACUUGGAAGCGCGAGUGAACAUGCUUGGUCCAGAUAUUGCCGCUGCCGAGAUGAUCCUGUUAUGGAAGGGGAAGGUGAAGUUCGUAGACGAUGAGAUUUGGUACGAGGCUUACGAGAGCGGACAGUUGCCUUUACCAAAGCAGUAUGAUCCUGGAUACCGGCUUGAGGCAGUCGAUCUCUCUAAUACCAACUGGACAUUAUUGGCUAUGGAACACUUCAGAUACCUCGACCACCUCGUUUAUGUUAACCUAUCAGGAGCCCAGUUUGUGACAGACUGGUAUGUGGAAAGACUGGUAUCUCUGUGUCCUACAAUCGAGUGUCUCGAUCUUGAAGGGUGCCAGGGAAUCACAGAUAUGACACUGGAGCUUGUAUCAAAAAUCAGACACAUGAAAGUCCUAAACAUCAAAGACUGUACAAAUAUUAAGCAAGCGGAUGUGUUCAGUGUAUUCCUAGAAGACUUUUGCCCUGAUAUACAGAUUCUUGGGCUGGACAGUUUGCCAAAACUCAAAACAUCGCUCCAUGAAUAUGAACACAGUAACAGUCGAUUUUUGAAUCUGGGUGAAAGUGCUAGACAUCACAAUGAAGAAAAAAAGUGUGAAAUGAUAGGUUGAUUUGGUAGUUUCAUGUUUGAGCUCAUCUGGUGUUAGAAUUUAUUGCAGUGGAAAUGGAAGUGAGAACAAUUCAUUUUACAUCACAUUACUGCAUCUGACCUACAGAUAAGCUAGUUCCCCAUUAGCAUAAACAAUAAUUUUGAUGCCUGGUGACUCCAUGUUAUUUUGCUAUCUGCUAUCAGCAGAAAGGUGAUUGGUAAUAACUUACUGAUUACUAAUACAUAAAAUAAUUUACCAAAAUAACAGUUAAUAGUAAAAAGUUCAAGUUAUUGCAGUUUGAAUUUUGUUCUUUAUUUUUUUGUUCUUUUUUUUUAAAUAAAAUGUGGCAUGACUGAUUUUUCAAUCGUACAAGGUAAAAUGCUAAAUACAUGAUGUGGUUGAGGAUGCCCUCUCGAUGCCAUCUCCAUAUUAAAGAUUAGGAAUGCUACUUCAGAUUGAUAUUUUGUUUAAGCCUGAGUGAUGCACAUAAUUUAUAGAUAUUAUACUUUGAAUUCAGUCCAAUAUCUGCACUGCAGAGAACAUUUUCAUAAAUAUCCCUAGAGAUGAAAUGUUUUUUGCUGGACCAGAACUUCGAUGUCUUCCGGCUGGAUGAAAUAUUGAUUCCUUGAAAUAUUAACGGUGCUAAACUUCAAAGUGAGUGAAUAUUCUUUUCAUAGGACAAAACGUGACAGACCUUUGUAUUUUUAGUUAUAUUGAUUGGGUUUAAACUGAAUUUUAAGGAAAUGUAUGGUUUUCAUAUAUACAUGCAACACUAGGAAUGGCAAUUUUUUCCAAUCUAAAGUUUUGUCUGUUUGUAUUGAAAUGUAUAAGGAAAUUAAUUAGUAGUGCAUAACCUUCAAGGCACAAAAGUGUAUCAUUUUCACAUAUUAUUGCUGUUCACAGAAGACCCUUUGAAAUGAAUCAUGUACCAGAAUAGUAUUUAUUUUACCAGGCAUCAUAAAUCCACAUAGCUGAUACAUUAAUGUAGCUUUUAUCAACAGUAAAGCACAAAGUAAUGUUCUCACUUUGGUUUUCACCGCAAUAAUUUGGAUGUAUUCAUUUUUUAACUCUUGGAUGAAUAUUAAAGUGGAAGGGGAAUAUGUGACCAGUGAUUUUAACAAUAGUAUAAGGCUUCUGUUAAACCAAGACACACAUGAAGAAAUUAUGACAUAAUGCAUUUUUAUACAUGUGUAAGUAAGACAUGGUUGUAAUUUUUGUUACUGGCUUGCCCAGGUAUUUUUUCUUGAAAUUUUGAAAAUCUGGGUCUAUGUACAUGGACCAUGUUAAAGUAAUGGUGUUUUAUGCAUAAAUAAUUGGCUCCAUGUCAUAUUUUCAUCCGCACAUUAGAAAUACAUUGAUUGUUUUUA